AUGGACGACGAAUUGAGAGCCAUUAGAGAGGCCAGAUUGAGGGAAUUGAAGCAACAAAGUGGAGGAACAUCAGAAUCAGCAAACAACGGAUCGAAUGAUGGUCAAACACAAGCGAUAUUGAAUCAGAUUUUGGAUUCCAAUGCACAAGAAAGAUUGAGCAGGGUAGCGUUGGUGCGGCCAGAACGUGUAAAGGCAGUAGAAGCUUAUUUACUACAAAUGGUGCGGUCCGGUGCUAUUAGAAACAAAUUAACAGAGCAGGACAUCGUUGGAAUCCUCGAAUCAGUCGGAAGAGAUGAGCAAAAGCGCAAUACUACACGUAUUAUAUUCGAUAGAAGAGAAAAAGGAACAGCAUCAUCUAGUGUGGAUCAAGAUGACGAUGAAGACGAUGAUUUCUUUGACUAG